AUGGCUGCCGCGACGAAGCUGAACCCGGCGGCGCCGCCGUUCCCGUUCCCCGACCCCUACGCGAUCCACUUCGCCCCGCCGGCGCCGCCGCCGUUCCCGCUCGCCGACGCCGCCUGCCCCCCUCAGUUCCCCUUCGUCACCUACUGCUGCGUCCCAGCCCCUCCCGCCGGCCACAUCGGCUUCUGCUUCCCCGUCCAGCCGCCGCCCUCUCCUCAGCCGGGAGUCGGCAAGGGCGGCGUCCCCACGGCGGCGGCGGCCGCGACGCCCGGCCGGCCGCCGCACAAGCUCAUUGCGGCAUUCUCCGACCUAGGCGGCGCGGGGAAGCGGGAGGACGCGGCCGUGAAGCCGUGGAAGGAACCUGCACGCGCCGCCGCCGCGCCCGCCCUGGCGCCGGCCGCGCCGCGCAAGCCGUGGGUGGCGCGGCGGAAGGAGGAGAGGAUCGUGGCCAAGGUCAAGGCGCCACGGUCCAGGAAGGCGGCCGGCCCGCGCGCGUGCAAAGCCGCGCAAGCGCAGCGGGAGAGUUCGCCGACGCCGUUUAGGUACACGACGAGGCGGCUGCGGUGCCUUGGGCCACCGCCGAAGCCGGAGCUCGUGCUAGGCUGGAGCACCACCACCAUCAUGCUCCGCAACAUUCCGAACAAGCUCAGGAGCAGCGACAUGAUCUCGUUGCUCGACGAGCACUGCAAGCGCGUGAACAAGAGCGCCGGCGCCGUCGUCGCCGCGUACGACGUCCUAUACCUGCCUAUGGACUUCAGGCGCGAGUGCAACUUCGGCUACGCCUUCAUCAACCUCACCUCGCCGGAGGCGGCGCACCGGCUCUACCGCUCCCUCCAGCGGCGCGGCUGGACAGUGCACGGCUCCAAGAAGGUCAUCGAUAUCGUCCGGGCCAAGAUACAGGGCAAGGAGGAGCUGGUGCGACACCUCCAGCGGAUGAAGCUGCAGUGCGCCGAGGACGAGUUCCUCCCGGCCGUCUUCUCGCCGCCGCGCGACGGGGUCACCGCCGGCACCACCGUCCGGCGCCUCGGCAGGCUCGCCCGGCGUCCGUCGACGACGACGCCGUGCGCAGCGACGCCGGCGCCGACCCCCAAGGAAAGCUAG